UAUUAAGUUCUUAAUCCAUUUGAUGAGAUUUGCAUUCUAAGUUUUUUAAGGUCUCACAAAUAUGGUUACGAAAUUAGAGAAUUUGGGUAUUCUUUGCUGCUUGUUUUGCUCGUUUAGCUUCUCGAAUGGAAUGGAUUCACUUUCAUUACACAAGUCAUUGUCUUCAGACCAGACAUUAGUAUCUAAAAACGGGACAUUUGAACUGGGAUUCUUUUCUCCGGGGAAUUCGACAAGGUACUAUGUUGGUAUAUGGUACAGAAACAUCUCUGAGAAAACUGUAGUUUGGGUGGCCAACAGAGAUAAGCCCAUUGUGAACUCUUCUCAUUAUAAUUCGAGUUUGGUGCUUUCUGGCGGUAAUUUAAUGUUGUACAAUGCAUCGCGAGGUGUUGUUUGGAGGACUUCUUUUGUUAACAGCACAUCGAAUGCAACAGAAGCAGUACUUCUUGAUACUGGAAACUUGGUGUUGAGGGAUGAGUUGGAGGAUGUAGUAUGGCAGAGCUUUGACUACGCGACGGAUAAUUGGCUGCCUGGCCAGACACUUUGGUUGGAAAAGGGUACUAGGAGAAUACAAGUGCUUACUUGUUGGAAAAGUGCUGAUGAUCCUGCUCCGGGUAUUUAUUCACUGGGGAUGGAUCCAAGUAGCUAUUUUGAACUCUUUGUGUGGAUUAAUAUGACACAAGCAAAGUGGAGGAGUGGAAGUUGGAAUGGACAGAAUUACACUUUUGCUCCUGAAUUUAAUGUCAAAAGCAUGAAAGGUCUGAGGUAUGGUUCUGAUCAGCGUUCCUACUAUUUGAUAUAUGAUUCCUCUGGAGACUCGACCCUCACAAGAGCAGUAAUAACGCCUUCGGGUGUCAUGAGAGUCUUGAAAUGGUCAGAAAGCAAAAAUAGUUGGCUUGAGAAGUUAUAUGUAGUCGACAAUAAUGGAACAGGCACGACGUUCUCCAAGAGUAAGGGUAGCUCCCAUUUCAUAAUUCCAGUUUCAGUCAUCAUUCCACUGUUUCUCCUCGGAGUUUGUAUCUUUACUAUAGUUCGGAGAAGAGGAAAGUUCAACUCAACAGGAACCGAGCAACAAGAACAUAAUUUGUUAUUCUACGACUUUGAUGUGAGCAGCUCGGUGAAUUCUGAUCAUAUUGCCCCUGCAGACUCCAUGAAAGAUGGAGCAAAUAAAGAACUUGAAUUUCCUAAAUUCAGAUUUUCAAGCAUAUCUGAUGCGACAAACAAAUUUUCUAUUGCAAACAAACUUGGAGAGGGUGGUUUUGGACCAGUUUACAAGGGAGAGUUACUAAAUGGGCAGUAUGUAGCAGUUAAAAGACUAUCACAAAAUUCUGGACAAGGAUUGGAAGAGCUGAGAAAUGAAACAAUUCUUAUUGCCAAACUCCAGCACAGGAACCUCGUGAGGCUCCUGGGAUGCUGCAUUGAAAAAGAUGAGAAGAUACUUGUGUAUGAAUAUAUGCCAAAUAAAAGUCUGGAUUCUAUACUCUUUGAUCCUAAGAAGAAGGCGCUACUGAAUUGGGAUACACGCGUACAGAUAAUUGAAGGCAUUGCACAAGGACUUCUUUAUCUCCAUCAGUAUUCCAGAAUACGGAUCAUUCAUAGAGAUCUGAAGGCUAGUAACAUACUGUUGGAUGCUGAAAUGAAUCCAAAGAUUUCAGAUUUUGGCAUGGCAAGAAUAUUUGGAGGGAAUGAAUUUCAAGCCAAUACGACUCGAAUUGUGGGGACUUACGGUUACAUGUCACCCGAGUAUGCAAUGGAAGGACGUUUUUCUGUUAAAUCUGAUGUAUUUGCCUUUGGAGUUUUGCUUCUGGAGAUUCUGAGUGGGAGAAAGAACAAUAGUUUUCUGCUCUCUGCAGAUUAUACCAAUCUUCUUGGAUAUGUAUGGAAUUUAUGUGAAAGAGGCAAAAUGCUAGAGCUGAUAGAUCCAACAUUGCAAGUCCCUAGUUCCUCUUCAAAGCCAUUAAGGUACAUAAUAAUUGGACUUCUGUGUGUUCAAGAAAGUCCAGAUGAUAGACCUUCUAUGUCCGAUGUUGUUUCAAUGUUCAACAACAAACAUAUGGAACUUGAGUCUCCUAGACGUCCUGCAUUUGCUGCUGGAAGGACUGCUCUAUCGGAAAGCUCAGGCACUGCAACAUCAGAAAUUGGUUCAGUAAAUAAUUUAACUACUUCAGUAAUGGAAGCCCGUUGAGGUUAUCUAUGAGUAGUGAAUGUAAUAUUGAAAAAAAUGCUACAAAGAGUUGGCAUGAUUUACUCUUUUGUGUUAUUAUUUUUGUUGUUGGAAUUAUUAACUACUGCAUGUAAUCCAUAUGCUAUUAUCAAAUAGCUAUGCAUAUCUUGGUGUCCAAAA